GUGUGUGUAUGUGUGAAAUGUGUGACGCACGGAGUAUAGCAUCGAGUGUAGAUAGAAUUGUAUGCACAUUCGAGGAGUAACUUUCGUGGAUUGCGAUACUCUUCUAACGUUGGUGUCCAUUGGUGUCGCAGUUCGUUGAUUAUCCGCGAAGUUGUACUUGGUUGUAUUGUACUAACAUAGUAUACAACACGCAGUUCGUGUCCUCGCUUUGACAGUUAGUGAGAAUUAGUGCAUUUCAUCGAACGUUUCAUUUUUGCUGGGAAGGCUAUUAAUUUUCGACCAACAUGAAUAUACAGAAUUUGCAGGAAUUCAUGGAAUUGCUUGGACGAUUAAAACAUAUGAAGAGAACAGGAUGGGUCAUUAGAAAUAUUUCUGAUCCAGAAACAAUUGCUGGACACAUGUACAGGAUGGCUAUGCUCUCUUUCCUGGUAGAUAACAAAGACAAUUUAGAUAAAGUCAAAAUUAUGCAGAUGGCUUUAAUCCAUGAUUUAGCUGAAUGUAUUGUGGGAGACAUAACACCACAUGAUGGUAUUCCACCUGAUGUGAAACAUAGGCUAGAAGAUGAGGCUAUGGAGGACAUUUGUAAACUGUUGGGUGACAAGGGUCCUAUGAUUUUGGAAAUGUUUCGUGAAUAUGAAAAGCAAGAGUCCCCUGAAGCCAAGUAUGUUAAAGAUCUUGACAGAUUGGAUUUAAUUAUGCAAGCAUAUGAGUAUGAGAAGAGAGACAAUGUUCCUGGCGCGUUGGAAGAAUUUUUUGCAACAACCAAUGGGAAAAUCAGACAUCCUUUUAUUAACCAAAUAGCAUCAGAGAUUACUUCAAGAAGAGAUGCUCUAUCUCGCGAUUCAUCUAGUUUAAAAUAAGAAAAAUAAGAUCUUUAGAAUAAAAAUUGCUCCUGGAAAUAUUUACUUCAUUCAGUUUUUAUACAUUUUAUUUAUUAAGUUCAAAGAACAUUACACAUAAGUCAUAGUAAUAGGCUUUGUUCUAUAGUACCAAUAAUAAGAAUACUGGAAAUUAUAUUUUUAUUUAACGCAAUAACUUUUCAAUACAAAGUAAUGAUAACUCCUAUGUCUGUUGAAUAUGUUUUAGAUUUUAUAAUUGUAAAACUCGCUUCUAGUUUUGUUAUGUUUAUAACAUAUUUCAUGUUACAUUUUCACAUAAUAUGAGAAAAUGAAUUCAUUAUCGAUCUAGUUCAUUCGUCGUUAACGGAGUUAGACAUUAGUUUAUGUUUUACAGUUAACAUAAUAGUCAUUAUACCAAAUUCCCAUAUAAUUAUUUAUUAACUACUUAUGUUAGCUAAUAAAGUUUUUUAAAGUAA